AUUUUUGCUCAUAUUAUUCUUUUUGUAGGCCUAGAUGGCCCUGUUGAAGUCCUAUGCGUCUGCAAAAUCGCAUCUCAAAUGGCAAUUUACGAUGUAAUUCUCUAAGUGUGCUUUUUGGUUUCCACGGAGCUUUUUAGUCUGUGUGUGCCUCUUUGUUACUUAGUAUGAUUGAUUAAUUCAUUCUUUGGGACUUCAAAAGAAUUAAAAGAUAGUGCAUAUAGGUAGAGACUGGAGGUGAAGCUGAGAGGGAGGAGACAUUGUAUCCCAGGGAAUAAGGCAAUUUUUAUUCAGGAAAGAGCAGAAGUUGGAGUGGACAAAGCAUUGGGGGUUAAGAGAAAAUAGGCGACAGCCUGGGCUUGGAAUUUAGAAAGUUUUUCUACUGGAACAUAAGUACUGCAACUAUGGUUAAGAAUCUCCUCCAACUCUUUAACUACAUGAAUGAAUGAGUAGUCACUGUACUGAGAAGUUCGUGAACAAGAGAAUGCUAACACAUGAAUUCUAGCCAAGGCCUGUUGAAGACCCAGAUUGGAAGAAAAGUAGACACAGCCUGAUUACACAGCGCAUUUGGGCAGUAGGCUUGGAAAAAAAAAUCACAGCAAGCUAUUUUCAGAGAUACCAAAACUUUUCCCUUUCUUGGAAUGUCUUUCACACAUCUGGCUAGUUUUGUUGUUGUUUUAUUUAGAAACCGAGCUUUAGUAAAUAUGAGUGUGCGUGCGUGCAUAUAAAUUCAGAAAGUACUGCACGUUUGUUUUUCAAAACAUCUGGAAGUGUGUGAUACAAAACAGCGUACAGUUCAAUUAAUGCGUUAGAUCUGUUAGGUCUGUUAACACGAAGAGAAAGGUUAGUGGUGGACAGCGACUGCGACGCCGCAGGCACGAAGAGACGUCCAGACAGCCUCAGAGGAGCUGCGGGCUCUCGGGCCAGGCACGCGGGAUUUAGGUCGGGAGCCAGGUGGGUGCGUGCUGCUGGCGACUAGCAUUCGUGGCAGCGGCCUCGCGAGAUCUUCGCCCCACGAAUGCGCGCGUGUGAGCGGCCGCGGCGCCGACCCUAGAGCGCUCCCAACGGCCGCCGCCCCAGUCCACUGUCGGAGCCCCAAAGCCACACCAUGUUCCUCCUAAUGCUGCUGCUUGUUGGGCUCCGCGGCUUGCUGGCAUCAGGACCUGGUUCUCAAAAUCCAUUUUUACAAAUUAUAGUUCCAGAGAAAAUCCAAGAAAAUACAAGUGAUAAUUUGGAACUAGAAAAUGAAUGGAUAUCAUAUAUUAUUACAAUAGACCAGAAGCUAUACACUAUACAUCUUAAGCAAAGGAUUUUUUUAGCACAUAAUUUUAUGGUUUAUGUGUAUAAUCAAGGAUUUAUGAAUUCACAUCCUUCAGAUGUUCAGGCUCAGUGCUAUUACCAGGGGUAUGUUGAAGGAUAUCCCAAUUCUGUUGUUACACUCAGCACAUGCACUGGAUUGAGAGGAAUACUGCAGUUUGAAAAUGUUUCUUAUGGAAUUGAGCCUCUGGAAUCUGUAGUUGAAUUUCAGCAUCUUAUUUAUAAAUUAAGGGAUGGAAACAAUGAAUUUGCAGCUCUUACCAAAGAUAACCGAGGCAUAGAACAAAACCCAGUGGACUAUAACAUUAUUAUAAGUGAAAAAUCACAAUCAACUGUUCCGGAUUUAAUCCCUCUUUAUCUAGAGAUGCAUAUUAUGGUGGAUAAAGCUUUGUAUGAUUACUUGGGCUCUGAAAGCAUGAUAGUGACAAAUAAAAUCAUCGAAAUUAUUGGCCUUGUAAAUGCAAUGUUUGCCCAAUUUAAAGUUACUAUUGUGCUGUCAUCGUUGGAGUUAUGGUCAGAUAACAAUAAGAUUUCUACAGUUGGUGAGGCAGAUGAAGUAUUGCAUAGAUUUUUAGAAUGGAAAAAGUCCUAUCUUUCUCUAAGACCUCAUGAUAUUGCAUAUCUAUUCAUCUAUAGAAAUUAUCCAGAUUAUGUGGGGGCAGCAGUUCCUGGAAAGAUGUGUGUUACCCAUUUUUCAGCUGGAAUUGCUAUGUACCCCAAGGAGGUAACUCUGGAGGCAUUUUCCAUUAUUGUUACACAGAUGCUCGGACUGAGUCUGGGAAUAUCAUAUGAUGACACAAAGAAAUGUCAUUGUACAGGAGCUAUCUGUAUAAUGAAUCCAGAAGCUAUUGGUGGUGUAAUAGUGGAGGUGGUGGUGGUGGUGGUGGCGGCGGCAUGGUGUCCGAUGCACAGGGCCUGUGUAGCAGUGAUAGGGUGCUCACAGAGUGAAAGCAUGCCAAGGUCUGGGGCCAUGGCUAGCCCAGAGUGUUCAAAAAAUGCACCAUUUGCCUGCUAUGAAGAAAUACAGUCUCACGCUGAUAGGUUUGGGAACUGUGGUAAAAUAAGAGGCAAAUUUCAAUCCUGUUCAUGGAGGAAUCUUCAAUGUGGGAGACUAAUUUGUACUUACCCUACACGAAUUCCUUUUCGCAAAGAAAAUGGCGCUGUGAUUUAUGCUUUUGUACGAAAUAAUUUAUGUAUAACCAUAGACUACAGAUUGCCUAAUGCAAAUCAAGAUCCAAUGAAAGUCUCCAAUGGUUCUCACUGUGAUGAAGGGAGGAUCUGUGUAAAUGGUGAAUGUGUAGAAUCAAGAAUAAUUAAGUCUGAAUCAUCUGUCUGUUCAAAAAAGUGCAACGGACAUGGAGUGUGCACUUCCAAUAAAACGUGCCAUUGUUUUGAAGGCUACCGGCCUCCAUUUUGUGAAACGCGUGGCAGAGAAGCUUCUAGUUUGCCUGAGAAACAGGGUUUAAUCAUGGAAAGAGCUUUUAGGAAGGCUGAAAAGAACCGGUGGCUUCUAGGUUUCUACAUUGCUUUGCCUAUUCUCAUCAUAGCAACCAUAAUAGCUAUUGUUUCAUGGAAGAGUUCAAAAAAGUGGUUCACCAAGGAAGAGGAAUCCUUGAGUAGCGAGUUAGAAGGCAGCACUCACACAUAUGCUAGCAGAUCCAGAUCAGAAAGCAGCAGCCAAACAGAUACAGUCAGAUCCAGUUCAGAAAGUAGUGCUCAAACAUAUACCAGCAGAUCCAAAUCACAGGAAAGCACCCAAACACAUAACAGUAGUAACUAAUAAUUCCUUCAGAAGGCAAUGGAUAUCAGAGAGUAUCUCACUGAGAAAUGAAAAUUUCACCUUUGCUCCCUUGGUCACAGUUGAAGGAAACAAUAAACCGAGUGUGGAACUAUU